AUGGUUGGUGUGCGCUGGUCCAGUCACGGUGGCAGCGGCGUCGCGCGGUGCACGCCAGCCUGCUGCUCGCCUCGCAUGGCGUGCGACCACCGCCCUUCCACCAGGCGCACCUGCAGCCGCGUGGGCGGUAGUGAAGCGGCAGGUGAGGUGGGCGAUGCGCGCAUUCACGCGCGAGCACCGUUGGCGGCCGCCGCCACUGGUGGAGGGAUGCGUGGGAAUGCGGUGGUACGGCGUGAUGCGAGGUGGAUGGGCCAUCCCCGCGCGCAAACACCCACACCCGAUCACCGCCCCGCUCCUAUCACCCCUGCCUACCUCGCCACCGCGCGUAUCGUCGCGCCGCUGCCCGUCUGCCCGCCAAGCUCCUCACGCCCCCCCCCUCGCUCCCCUCCUCACGCGCAUGCAUGCACAUGUGCUCUGCACCGCAUCCGCAUGCCAUGCUCUCCCUAUCCUCCUCCCCCCCCUUCCCUGCACAUUCAUUCAUACGUUCAUAAGAUAGGGACCGAUGAACUAUGGACGGGAAUAAAUACGGGGGAAGUAGGCAGGGCGGAAGUAGGGACGACGGAAGAAUGGACGGCGAGAGUAGGGGCGGCGAGAGUAGGGACGGGGAGAGUAGGGACGGGGAGAGUAGGCACGGGGAGAGUAGGGACGGGGGGACUAGGCACGGGGGGAGUAGGCACGGGGAGAGUAGGCACGGGGAGAGUAGGGACGGGGAGAGUAGGGACGGGGAGAGUAGGGACGGGGAGGCUAGGGACGGGGAAAGUAGGCACGGGGGGAGUAGGGACGGGGGGACUAGGCACGGGGGGAGUAGGCACGGGGAGAGUAGGCACGGGGAGAGGGGACGGGGAGAGUAGGGACGGGGAGAGUAGGGACGGGGAGAGUAGGGACGGGGAGAGUAGGGACGGGGAGAGUAGGCACGGCGAGAGCAGGCACGGGGAGAGCAGGGACGGGGAGAGUAGGGACGGGGAGAGUAGGGACGGGGAGAGUAGGGACGGGGAGAGUAGGGACGGGGAGAGUAGGGAGGGGGGAAGUGGGGUCAUGUAG